GCGCGUGCGCAGUGCAGGUGUCUGAAGUCUGGGAGACUCCCGCGUCGCGGUCCUGACGCCCCCCUUUUUGCGCGGAGAGACGGCGUCACAGUUGUAAUACUGGAGUCUGGAGGGAGGAGGAGGAGGAGGAGGAGGAGGACAGCCGCUCCUCAGCUGGAAGGAGAGCUGGAGGUCUCGGUGGGGGCGGACAUAGCGCCGAGGUAACUUCACAUUCAGAAGAGUCCGGUUCCCUUCGUCCCCGGAUGGCUACCACGGGCCAGGAUCUAGAUGGUCCGACCCUGCUCCUCGUAUAAAGCCGGCGCAGGGCUCUCUCAGCAGCCAUGACCACCUCCCAUGUGAAUGGUCAUGUAACAGAAGACUCGGAUAGCGAGAAGCAAAGUGCAGAUCUCUCUCCAGACGAGCCGCAGAAACACAGAGAAAUGGCAGUGGACUGCCCGCCGGACCUGGGCACGAGGGCCAUGCCCAUACGAAGGAGCGCUCAGCUGGAACGGAUCCGGCAGCAGCAGGAGGAUAUGAGGCGUCGACGGGAAGAGGAGGGCAAGAAACAGGAUCUGGAUGUCAAUUCCUCUAUGAGACUGAAGAAGUUGGCACAGACCUUUCCUAAAACUGGAAUUGAUAACCCAAUUUUUGAUACGGAUGAAGGACCGGUUCUGGAAAGCCCCAGCCGAGCUGUAAAAGUAUUAGACUUGGAAGAUUUAUUGAGUUCUUUGAAGGACAUCCAGCACACCCUGGUAGACUCUCAGAGCCAGGAAGACCUCGGUGUACUCCUCCAUCUAGUGCAAAAUGUAGACUUUCAGAAUGCAUUCAGAAUCCACAAUGCUGUAGCUGUGCACAUGAACAAAGCCAGCCCCCCAUACCCCCUCACCCCUAAUGGGCAGGAGCUGGUCCAGGAGGUGCAGCACGUACUGAAAGCAAGUCAUCACAAAGAAAGCCAAGAACUUACCGACCUUCUGAACACGCCCGACAUUCAGGCUCUCUUCUUGGCUCAUGACAAGGUGGCGGAGCAGGAAAUGAUGCCCGAAUCUGUUUCUGAAGACCACUUUCAUGAAAACAUUGCCCAGUAUGGUGAUGAAACAGUUAAAAUAGUAAGAAUAGAGAAGGCAAGAGAUAUUCCACUGGGUGCCACGGUGAGAAAUGAACUGGACUCUGUAAUCAUCAGCCGCAUCGUGAAGGGGGGCGCAGCAGAGAAGAGCGGCUUACUGCACGAAGGAGAUGAAAUCCUGGAAAUAAAUGGCAUCGAGAUUCGGGGGAAAGAUGUCAAUGAUGUCUUUGAGCUGCUUGCUGAAAUGCACGGGGCGCUCACUUUUGUACUUAUCCCUAGUCAGCAGACCAGACCACCGCCGGCCAGGGAGACUGUGGUACAUGUCAAAGCGCACUUUGAUUAUGACCCCACAGAUGACCCUUAUGUCCCGUGUAGAGAGCUGGGCCUUUCCUUCCAGAAGGGAGACAUCCUUCAUAUCAUCAGCCAAGAUGACCCCAACUGGUGGCAGGCGUAUAGAGACGGCGAUGAAGAUAAUCAGCCUCUUGCAGGCCUCGUGCCAGGAAAAAGUUUUCAGCAGCAACGGGAGGCAAUGAAGCAGACAAUAGAAGAGGAUAAGGAGCCGGAAAAGUCAGGCAAAUUGUGGUGUGCGAAGAAAAACAAGAAAAAGAGGAAAAAAAUAUUAUAUAAUGCCAAUAAAAAUGAUGAUUACGAUAAUGAAGAGAUCCUGACCUACGAAGAAAUGUCUCUCUACCACCAACCUGCAAACAGGAAGCGGCCUAUAGUACUAAUAGGGCCACAGAACUGCGGGCAGAACGAGCUGCGGCUGCGCCUAAUGAACAGCGAGGCUGAUAGAUUUGCUGCCGCCGUGCCUCAUACGACUCGGAAUAGGCGAGACAAUGAAGUGGCGGGCCGAGACUAUCACUUUGUCUCCAGACAGACGUUUGAAGCAGACAUCGCUUCUGGCAAGUUCAUUGAAUACGGGGAGCACGAGAAGAACCUCUACGGCACCAGCGUGGACUCCGUGCGACAAGUCAUUAAUUCUGGCAAGAUUUGCCUUUUAACGCUGCACACGCAGGCUCUUAAAACGCUGCGCAACUCAGAUUUAAAGCCGUACAUUAUAUUCAUCGCUCCACCUUCUCAAGAGAGGCUGCGUGCACUGCUGGCAAAAGAAGGUAGAAAUCCAAAGCCUGAGGAGCUCCGAGACAUCAUAGAGAAAGCCAGAGAAAUGGAGCAAAACAACGGGCACUACUUUGAUAUGGCCAUAGUGAACACUGACCUGGACAAGGCCUAUCAGGAACUCCUCCGACUAAUCAACAAGCUGGACACGGAGCCUCAGUGGGUCCCUUCCUCCUGGUUGCGGUGAACGGAGGCGCACAGCAACCAGCCCCGGACAGUCAUGGUUGGAGAACCAGUUUAGUUCUGUUUUUGCAACGUAUGUUUGAGUUAUUCUAGAAGAUGGCCAGAAGAUGUGGCCCAAUGUAGAAGCACCCAUUCAGGUUUAGUCUAGACCGAGCAAACCGCGCCGACUGACAUACCAGCUCGGCGGUCCAUGCCAGGGUAAUGCGGGACAGUGCGUGAUGUCAGCAUGGAGCGCAACCUUGUAGGCCUGACCCCUCCCGGGAAAGGAGGACAUGUUUACAGACCCUCAUUAACCUUCUUGUGGUAGAGAGUGACGGAGUUAACCUUUUAAUUAACCAGGAAUCUUUUCCGUUCUCACCAUUAGGCAGCUGUCCUACCACCCACAGAUUAGCCGUCGGCGGUGGCUCCUGUAACGCGUGGCAGCACUGCGGCACUUAUAUAUAUAAAGGAUGCUCGAGAGAGAGAAGAAUCACUGAGAAAGUCUCCUACGUAACUGGAUGUACAGAUAAGAGAUUGUGUUUUAGCAAUAUACUUUCAUACACCCUCCCCCCCCCCCAGCACACAUCACACACCGGAGGGCGCAGAUUGCGGCGCUGGUUUUUUUUAACCAAGAGAAGUUAGUUUUUAACGGUCAAGGACUUUGCCACAUUCCAUUUUAUAGUCGCACCCGUUGCCAGCAGCGAUUCCUGUUUCACAAGUUGCAAUGAAUGUAAAGCUGUUCGUUUCUCUAAAUAAACUUGGGCUACAGUUUCA